AUGGGUGACUGGAAUCUGGAAUUUUCCCGAUUAUGUGACUAUGCUGACAUGAUCAAGCAAACCAAUCCAGGAAGUAGUUGUUGGGUUAAAAUUGAUAAGGAGACUGAACCUGGGAAAAACUUUUUUGUGUACUUCUAUGUGUGCUUCCAGGCAUUUAAGCAAGGCUGGUUGGAUGAGUGCAGAAAAAUAAUAGGAUUCGAUGGUUGUUUUCUGAAAGGAGCUUGUAAGGGUGAGCUAUUGGUAGCUGUGGGCAAGAAUGGGUACAACCAAAUGUAUCCUAUUGCCUGGGCAGUGGUGGAUAUAGAGACUAAACAUAGCUGGAAUUGGUUCAUAAAGUACUUGAUUGUUGAUCUGAAUUUGGGAAAUGGUGAAGGGUUGACUGUAAUGUCAGACAUGCAAAAGGGACUUAUUCCUGUCUUAUUGGAGCUGCUGCCAAAUGCUGAGACAAGGAGAUGUGCUAGACAUGUUUGGAGUAAUUGGCACAAAGACCUGGCAUAUUUCAAGUUUCAUUCCAAGUGUGAUGUUGUGGAAACUAACAUGUGUGAGACUUUUAAUUCUUGGAUCUUAGCUGCUAGACAUAAAUCUAUUAUCACCAUGUUAGAGGAAAUUAGGCAUAAAAUGAUGAAUAGGCAUGUAGACAUGAUCAAAUUUGCUGAAACUUGGAUUGAUGAUAUUUCCCCUAUGGCAAGAAGAAUAUUGGAAGAGAACAAGGAGUUGUCUAAUAGGUGUCAUGUUCAAUGGAAUGGGGUUCAUGGUUUUGAAAUUAGAGAUGGUGGGUUCACAUUUGGUGUCCACUUGGAUAAGAAAUAUUGUGACUGUAGGCUGUGGAUGUUAAGGGGUGUUCCUUGCCCUCAUGCUGUUUGUGCUUAUUAUUACUUGAAUCAAGAUCCUGAUGCACAUGUAGAGCAUUGGUAUAGGAAGGAAACAUUUCUUAAGGCUUAUAGCCACUUCAUCCAACCUAUUACCAAUAUGAGGAUGUGGCCUAAGACUACAAACCCAUCAAUAGAGCCUCCAGUGCCAAGAAAAAUGCCUGGGAGACUAAAGAAGAAAAGAAUGAAGGAUAAAAAUGAGCCAAAGAAAUAUGGAAAGCUGUGA